AUGUUAGGUAUCAUGAAGGCGAUCCUAAGACGUGCGGGCAUACAUCUGAAAUCGCUCGACCUUUCUGGCAUUGUACAUUUCAUGGACGAUAAGGCUCUAGAGAUCAUUGCUGCCAGUUGUCCGUUGCUGGAAGAGUUGAAUCUUACCGGUCUUCAAGCGUCAUGGGAAUCUCUUAGCGAUUUGGGCGAAUCGCUGUCGAAUCUGAAAAAGCUGACAUAUCGGGAUAUGGAGAGCGCAGGAGAAAAGGCGUUCUGGUUCCUCAUCAAGGGAUGUGGUCGCUCUUUACAUUUUCUCGAUUUACGUGGAUGUCGUCGUCUACAUGGCAGAUGUUUCCGAUUAUUUGGUGAUCAAUUAGAACAGCUUUACUUGGAUGGUUGUUCGCAAGUGGAUGAGAUGGCACUAGAAGAUCUGUGUACUACUGCCAUAGGCCUGAAAGAGCUACGAAUCAAUGACUGUUAUAAGAUUUCUGACGGAAAUAUCAGCAUGAUCUCUCGCUUGCUAUCGGAGUUACGAGUGAUCACAUUGUGUGGAGAUCGUUUCGAAAAGCUGUCUACAUAUGGAAUUGCUCACAUCAGUAACAUGACAUCGCUAGUGGAACUAGCUCUGGACCAAAACCCUCUGGUGAAUGAUUCGUUUCUGAUUUCGAUUGGAAAGAGUCUAAGCAACCUUAAAACGCUCAGUCUUGCAAAUGCUGGAUCAGAUCAAGCGAUUAGCGGAAAAGGAAUCAUGGCCAUAGCACAAUUCAAAGCUCUUGAACAGCUUGACCUUUCGUCGCUUGCAGCCGUUCGCUCGGGGAUCUUGCUUGAAGUGGUGUACUCGUGUAGAUCACUAUCACUUCUUCAGUUAAGAAACUGUGUCUACUUGUCGGAUGAUGGAGUGAAGGGAAUAGCUAGAGCUGAAAAUAUUCGACAUCUUGACUUAAGUGGUUCAAUUUUGAUCACCAACGAUUCGGUUCAGGAAUUCAUCAGGGCGUUUCCACACGAUGACAAGAAAAGCGCUGUGACAAUUGUGGUAGGCGGGACAGCUAUCGACGCUUCACAACUGUCAGUACGAAACAGUCGUGUAAUCGUCGAUUUUAGCGAUUAUACCUCAUUACUCGCAAUGCCGAAUAGGCAAAUUAGAUCCUUUGGAAUAAGCGUAGGGACAAAAUCUGACGAUGACUAUUCCGACGACGAGUUUGAAAGCCUCACAACUCAUCGUAAGUCUUGUCAAGGUUUAGAAAUAAUUUCACUAGAUGUGUUAACAAAACCGGGCUCAUUCUACAUCGAUGCUGUAUGCGGUGAAGAGGACCCGCCUAUAAAAGAUGAACACGAACUGCUACGAUGGGCAGAGCGAGAAGCACGAAUUCUUGGACUGCUGGGGAAGUAG